GGCGCAGUAACGUUAUCUAAGGUAAGUUAUACGACAAGAAUGCAAAGCUGAGUGAGCACCAGGUGCCAACUCUGACGGCUUAGCUCUCGACCGUGUCCAUCUUUCGUUCUCUCUACGGAAUUGCUCAUCUCAUUAAUCUGCCCUUGUGCAUCUCGUGGGAAUUGGUUGAGAACAUGGGUCCUCAUCCAGGCCAAAAGACGGUGCUCAUCACAGGGUGCACGCCCGGCGGCAUCGGCCAUGCGCUGGCCCUGGAGUUUCACGCCAAGGGCCUGCACGUCAUCGCCACGGCCCGUAACCCAGCCGUGCUUUCCGACAUGGCUGCCAUGGGCAUGACCGCCCUCCCCCUGGACGUCACCGAGACGGAGAGCAUCAAGGCCUGCCACGACGAAGUCGCCAAGCUCACCGGCGGCAAGCUCGACAUCCUCGUCAACAACGCUGGCCGCACGCACACGCACCCGGCCACCGACAUCGACCUGGACGACGUGCGCGAGACGUUCGAGACCAACGUGUUCGGCGUGAUGGCCAUGUGCAAGGCCUUCGCAGACCAGCUGAUCGCGGCGCGCGGGCUGAUCGUCAACAUCGCGUCGCUGGCGGCCAUCACGCCGUACGUCUUCGGCUCCGUCUACUGCGCCAGCAAGGGCGCCGUCACGGCCUACUCGCGCACGCUGCGCCUCGAGCUCAAGCCCUUUGGCGUGCGCGUCAUGGUCGCCAUGACCGGCACCGUGCGCUCGCAGAUCGCCAGCCGCCCCCACCGCACCCUGCCCGAGGGCAGCAUCUACAUGCGCGUGAGGGCGCUGUUUGAGAGGCGCCUGACCUUCUCGCAAAACAACGCCACCAUGGACACGGCCGAGUACGCGAGGAAGCUGGUGAAGAAGGCGCUGGCGCCCGAGUGGCCGCUGCUAUUCCGCGCAUGGUUUGGGCGGCCCGAUUGGUUCUGGGCAGGUGGCAUGGCAAGGGGGGCAUGGCUGGGCACGUGGUUUGGCGAGUGGGUGUUCGAUUUUGUCUUGUAUCGCAUGAUCGGGAUGCCGCAGCUGGAGAGGGUGCUGAGGGAGGAGGAACGGCAGAAGAAGUUGGUCUGAUGGGGUGGCGCGGUUUUGCGGCAAGAACCCACAGCCUCCCAUUGACAGUGCCCAGUGUCCCUCUCGAUUACGACCAUUUUGGCGAACAACCACGCCUCAUAGAAACCUCGGCACAACGUUG